CUCGCGGACGCUACGGUUCGGUAACUCUCACGAUACUUACUCCCGCCAAUCGGCGUAAGCCACUGCCGGGUCCUGGCGGGCGUUUCUAGCUACUCUUACAGCCGCUGCUGCUGUGUUACCCGUGGCGGCCGGGGCCGAGCAUCAUGACGUCCGCCUUGGAGAACUACAUCAACCGAACUGUUGCUGUUAUUACUUCUGACGGGAGAAUGAUUGUGGGAACAUUGAAAGGUUUUGACCAGACCAUUAAUUUGAUUUUGGAUGAAAGCCACGAACGAGUGUUCAGCUCUUCACAGGGAGUAGAACAAGUGGUACUAGGGUUAUACAUCGUAAGAGGUGAUAACGUUGCAGUCAUUGGAGAAAUUGAUGAGGAGACAGAUUCUGCACUUGAUUUGGGGAAUAUUCGAGCAGAACCUCUAAACUCUGUAGCACACUGAGGGAAAACUACAUACAUUGGACAUCUGUAAAUCUUUGUACAGAAACUGACUAUUCUGAGGAUGAUGUAUGGAAAUUUUAUGAGAGUGUAAUUGUGGAUUUUGACUUCAUAUUGAUUCAUUGUAUUAUGAGAUGUAAAUUAAAAUAUUUCUACAUUUUCAUGAAAUUUAUUUAUUUUUGCCUAAAUCAUAGAUUUGGUAGCUUGGUUUUCUCUGUUAGUGAGCAAAUUCUAAUGAUUACUUUGAGAACUUUGAGAAAAAAGUAUUUCUGAUAUUUUAAUAUUUAUUGAAAAUUAGUUGAAAAAAGAAAUUCGUGUGCUAGUAAAUCAAGUAUACUAUACUGAUACAUUAGUAGUGUUUCCCUGAUUUUUAAGAAUGUCCCUGGAGGUGAGUCUUGUCUUUUGCAAUUACCUGAACCAUGCUCAGUCAUCGCACUGCCCUGGUGAUUGCUCCCUAGCACUUCACAGGUAUGGGUAAAAUGUGUUUGGUUGAGAAAAGGAAAAAUGCUAACAAAGUUGUGUAGUAUCUGAAAAAGCUAAUAGUCUUAAAAGGCAUCUUAGCCUUUAAUUUUAAGAAUUUGGGUAUUUCUAGUAUAAAGUUAUUUGUUGUUUAUAAAUGUUAAGUACAUAGACUAAACUUAUAUGAGGCAAUGCAUUGCUCCUGUUGGCAGCAGCUUGCCAUGACUCCUGGGUCCGUAACCUUAUUUCAACAGAAGUAAACAUGGUAUCUCACAGCUGGACAGGCCAAUUUGGUUGAUAAUUUGAAUGGAUCAAUUAUGUAGAUAAUGUUCCUCAUCUAUAAAUAUGCUGUUUUCUAAAAUUUCUUUGUGCAAUUUGUCAAUCACACUUUUUAAAGAAUCCAUAAGAACAAAGAAGUAGUGUUUAUAUACCCAGGCUAGUACACAAAAAGUCUCAACUUGUGCAGGUCAUAGAGUAUAAUUUUGUGAUGAGAAUAAGAAAAUAUUUACGUUCUUGUAAUUCAAACAAAAUUUGAAUUAAUGUUUUCCUUUUUUUUUCAGAUAAAAGUGUUUAGGGGUUGGCAAGCUUUCUUUGUAAAGAUGCAGAUAGUAAAUAUUUUAAGCUUUGAGGGCCUUAUGGUCUCUGUCACAGCUACUGAGCUCUGUUAUAGCAUGAAAACAGCCAUAGAUAAUACAUACAUGAAUAGUCAUGUCUGUGUUCCACUAAACUUCAUUUACAGUAACAGGUGGCAGGCUGGAUUUGGCCCACAGGCCAUAGUUUGCUGACCUUUGGCUUAAUACAAUCUCAAUAAGAGAUGAUGGCUCAAUUGUAUUAAAUUCUGAAAAGUGCUUCUGGAAUGAUCCUUUCAGUGCUUUGAGGUGGAUUUCAUUUGUAUAUUUUAAUAUUUAAAACAUUACUUACUAGACAUGGUAGUUUUUUGCUUCACUCUGACAGAAAUAAGACUUAUAAGGAAAGAACUGUUGAGAUAGUUUUCUUCAUUGGUCAUCAAGCCUUAUCAUCCACAGUAAAUUGAUUGAUGUUCUGAUGUUGAGGACUCUCUGAGGAUUACAGGAAAGUUAGCUAGUAUUGGCUAUUCAUAAAUAUUUGACUUUGUAGUAUUAGGUUUUAUAAUCAAUUUAGUAAUUUUCAAUAAUGGAAAGUGGGUAAAUAAAACAGGCAAAUUUAAUUAGGGACUGUAAACCAAAUGAUCUAUUUAAAAAAUAGCUUUAUUUAUUUUUAACAAAUUUUAAGUUGGCAAACUCUUUCCAAAAGUCAAUUCAGGAAUACAGAUUGCUAAGUGAAAUGUAUUUUAACAGUACAAAUGAAGUUGUCAUAUUUUCCCAACAUACUUGACAUAAAUUAUACAUAAGCUAGUGUACCAUAAUCCCCCUCCCUCUCAGUGAAGAGUUCCUAACUGGAUAUAUGCCCUCUGAAAUCUAAAAUGCCUUGAAGAUGUAUUUAUUUUCCUGAUGUCAGAAAAAAUCGUCCCCUAAAUAUGAAUUGUGAGUAACAAGGCUCUAGUUCCACCAGGUCUUUGUAUUCCUUAUAUAAUACUGCCUAUCAGUAGAAAGUAUAACCUCGAAAUCUCUGCUGGCAAGUAUCUAUCAGAAGCCUGGUUGAACAGAAUACUUAGAUGAUCUCAGGCAGUUCCCCAAAGUGCAUUAUUGGUGAUUUUCAUCUCAUUAUAAUUACCCAAAAUGCUUUAAAUAUUCUCUGGCCCUAAUCUCACUGAUUCAGAGCUACUGGUUCAGUAGACCUGGAAUGGAGCAAAAAGGAAUAGUUGCUAAAUAGCUAAGUAAGGAACUGUGGUAGAAUUAAUAAGAGACCUAGCACUUGUCAUAUGCCUGGAUGAGUCCCUAAUUAUGCCUCAGAAUCCUUACUUUUAAAGCAGGGAUGAUAAUACCUGAUUUUCAGGGUUGUGACAAAUGAAAUUAGACUGCAUUUAAAAUAUUUAAUACGAUUUGUGGGAUAUAACAAUAAACAGUCAUUCUAGAUAUUCAAAAGCCAAUGUGGAAAAGUUAAUAAAUGUGGGUCUUGUCACCUUAGUUUUUCAGAGUCCCACUGGCUACCUUAUCUGAGAAAGGAUUUCAGGUUAAGUGGAAGGUAGGUGCAACAUGUUGACAUUGUUUUAAAUAUACAGAAAGAUUAAAUUUGUUUUAUGGCAACCAUUGACUCAUGGAAUUUGAAAAUGAAACCUCAUGUAAACUGGGACAUUCCCAUUCUGAACUUGCAUAGUUAUUACCCAUUUUAUAAAUUUACUCGUUUUAAAUUUUA